CUGCCCCCUGGCGGCCGGCGCGGCCGCGCUUCCUCCGCCCGCGGGUCCAGCGGGCGGCCGGCCGGGUCAGCGCGGCGGCGGCGGCGGCGGCGGGGCCAGGCUCGGUCGGUGCCCGCGAAGACGAGGACCAGGACGAGCGGGGCGUGGCGGCGGCGGGACUGCGCGCCCGGAGCCGCGUUCCGCGUCCCCGCCGCCGGGAGGAGGUGCCCGCACGCUCGCGGCGCGCGCUGGCCGCCAGACUCGGCCUGUGGGCCAUUUCCUCCGGACCCGAGCUCCCCGCCCGCGGAGGAAGAUGCAGACCUUUCUGAAGGGGAAGAGAGUGGGCUACUGGCUGAGCGAGAAGAAGAUCAAGAAGCUCAAUUUCCAGGCCUUCGCCGAGCUGUGCAGGUCACACAUGGACACAUGGAACAUCUGGAUUCGUGGGGUGGCAGAGUGGAAGCGAGGGAUAGAAGUGGUGCAGCUGAACCUUAGCCGGCCGAUCGAGGAGCAGGGCCCCCUGGACGUCAUCAUCCACAAGCUGACCGAUGUCAUCCUGGAAGCCGACCAGAACGACAGCCAGUCCCUGGAGCUGGUGCACAGGUUCCAGGAAUACAUCGACGCCCACCCUGAGACCAUUGUCCUGGACCCCCUUCCUGCCAUCAGGACGCUGCUCGACCGCUCCAAGUCCUACGAGCUCAUCCGCAAGAUUGAGGCCUACAUGAAAGAUGACAGGAUCUGCUCGCCGCCCUUCAUGGAGCUCACGAGCCUGUGCGGGGACGACACCAUGCAGCUCCUGGAGAAGAACGGCCUGACCUUCCCCUUCAUUUGCAAAACCAGAGUGGCUCACGGCACCAACUCCCACGAGAUGGCCAUCGUGUUCAACCAGGAGGGCCUGAGCGCCAUCCAGCCGCCCUGCGUGGUCCAGAACUUCAUCAACCACAACGCGGUCCUCUACAAGGUGUUCGUGGUCGGCGAGUCCUACACGGUGGUCCAGAGGCCCUCGCUCAAGAACUUCUCCGCGGGCACAUCAGGCUCCUCCCCAGGACCGUCUCUCAUGCCCCCGGUCUGGACCGGCUCUGAUUGGAGCGACGGGAGGACUGUCGGGCACUCCUGGGCAGCAGGGGGCCUGUGUGCCUCGCUGGCAGGAAGCACGCCAGACCGCAAGUCCAUCUUCUUCAACAGCCACAACGUGUCCAAGCCGGAGUCGUCAUCGGUCCUGACGGAGCUGGACAAGAUCGAGGGCGUGUUCGAGCGGCCGAGUGACGAGGUCAUCCGGCAGCUCUCGCGGGCCCUGCGGCAGGCACUGGGCGUGUCUCUCUUCGGGAUCGACAUCAUCAUCAACAACCAGACAGGGCAGCACGCCGUCAUCGACAUCAAUGCCUUCCCAGGCUACGAGGGCGUGAGCGAGUUCUUCACGGACCUCCUGAACCACAUCGCCACGAUCCUGCAGGGCCAGAGCGCAGCCACCGCAGCCGCAGGGGACACGGCCCCGCUGAGGCACAGCAGGCUCCUGGCGGAGCAGGCGGACAGCCUGGCAGGCGAGCGGACGUGCAGCGCCAGCCCCGGCUGCUGCAGCAGCAUGAUGGGCCAGGACCCGCCCUGGACCGCGGAGGAUGACGCGGGCGGCGUGGGUGCGGGCAGCACCGCCAAGCUGCCGCACCAGAGACUGGGCUGCACCGCCGCCGUGUCGCCCAGCUUCCAGCAGCACUGCGUGGCCUCCCUGGCCACCAAGGCCUCCUCCCAGUAGCCACGGAGCCCGGACCCAGAGGGCGGCGUGGGCCACGGAGCACGGCCACUGGACCAGCAGCCCCCAGUGGUGACAUCCUCCCUAGAAUUCCCAACGGUCUGAUUUACCCCCCAAUUUUUAACCUUAUUUUCUGAUGUCAUUAUCUAAGUGAGGGGCUGGGGGUGGAAAGAGCCCGGUGGUCCAGCUCCCGGAAGAGGGCCCCGGCCUCACUCCUGCCGUGCAGAUCUUCACCCAGCUCACACGCGUGUGCUUCAACACUAGGUCUGAGUGGAGGGUGUGUGCACGUGUGCGAUUACUGUGCGUGUGCGAGUGUGUGCACACUUCCGUGUCUUGGUCUCGAUGGCUGCUGCGGACCAGGCUUAGGCUGCGGGCGCUGAACGGAGCAAGUGGACGGUUCCCCUUCACUCCUCUCCAAGCCCCCCCCCCCCCCAGGCCGGCCUCCUCUCGGCUUUGAGAGGAGUGGGGCCCAAAACCCCACAAGGUAUGCAGCUGCCCUUCCCAGAAGCAUGAGCCACGGGGGCAAGAGGCCGCAGCUGCCGCUUGUGGGGGGCUCCGUGCUGGGUCUGGGCUGUGGCCGCUUGCUUCCUUCUCCCAGAGGGAAGGGGAAGGAAGCUUCCCUGGGGAGGCCAGGCCCUGGAUUCGCUGCCUCCCUCACGUCCAGUUCCUUAGAGCCCCUCCACCCCUCACCGCGUGCCCCACGCAGCCCUGCAGGGGCUUCUUCCUUGACCAAGCGCUGCUCGUCGGGACCCUGGAGCAGGCUGCCUGGUUGGGUCCCCCAGGCUGACCCCGCCCGUGCCAAGGAUUUGUGCCAUGACUUUGGGCAAGUCAUUCUGAGAGUCGCCAGCCUCCGUGGAGACCAGAACUCUGAAGGGCGGGCUUGACGCUCCAGGCCCUGCGAUGCACCUGCUUUCCCGAGAAGUGGACCUGGACGGACCCCCCCUUGGCAUCGAGGCGAUGUGGGGUCCCCUUCCCAGGCAGGAGGAGCCGCCCGACCCACCCUUACCCUGCAGACCCCGUCCCCCUCCUGUACUCACUGCAGCCCCAACCACUGAGCCAGCCAGCGGGGAGCGGGAGGGAGAGGGAGCAGCAGCCCAGAGGUGAGAAAACAAUUCCCUCCCCAACUAGCCACCCAGCCCUGGUGGCAGCACAGGCCGCCAGCUGGUUGUCGCAUCCCAAGGUCCACGGUUGGCAGCCCCUCCUCAGAGGAGGGUUGUGUCUGUCCCAGGACAGUGAGCUCUGGGAGUGAUGCCAGGACCUGCCGAGCGUGACCUUGGUCUUAGGUACCACUUGGGUUUGAGAAGGAGGAAAAGGCCUGGCUGUCCCGCGAGGCCGGGAGGAUGGCCGGAGGCCACUGAACUGGGCACCCGCUCAGCGGGGAGCAGGGGCUGCCCACCUCGGCCUGGGGUGGGGUGGCUGCCUUCAGAACUGCCCGCUGUCCUGGACACGGGCCUGCUGACUGACGGCGUUUACACGACUGAGUGGACCCCCAAUUACAAUGUCCGCGUCACUCCUGGCUGCCUGAGCCCCGGGAAGCGGGAUGUGUGGCCGCCUCUUGCACUGCUUUGUCUCCAGAAUAAACUACUGAAAUCAAACUGCA